AUGGACGGAUUUCGUGCAGGAUUGUACGUUGUGCGGCGCUUCGUUCGGCUCAGCCAGCCAGUCAGAAAAGCGGACUCAGACCGCGCGGUCGCGCGGCGCUUGGGUGUAUUUAGAGAGCUAACGGAGUCGUCACCGGCGCACGCGUCACGCCGCAACGCGAAUAGAAAACCGGUGACCCUCGGCGCCGUGACGUCGCACCGU